UCCAGUUUUAACGGUUAAACUUUGAAGGUGUAGCAUCGCCAAGUGCUAAUGCUUAGCUAACCUGUAUACAGACAUUUCAGGGAGUGUAGUAAAGUUAUAGAGUUACUGUUUUUCCGCCUGAGUAGCAGGGACCGAGGCUGAUUUGCCGAGGUGGCCGUGACGCCGUAUUUAAAGUAACAGGCAGCUGGAGGGGAUUGCCCUCAGUGGAGCGUUAAAAUAAGCUAAGCUAACACGCGGCCAAGGAACGGGCUCUAAUUCCUUCAUCCUUCAGUCUUUUAUUUGAUCAACUAAACCCGGACAGACCGAGCUGCCAGCGGGUCUGAGUGAGCGCAGCCCACCGUUUCAUGCCCUCUGGAUGGGAUAUAGGUAGCCGGCGGAGCGAAGAGGUAGGCAGCCAACAGUCCUGUUAAACAUGGAGGAUGAAGAGGUUGCGGAGAGCUGGGAAGAGGCAGCGGACAGCGGGGAAAUCGAGAGAAGGCUUGAGGCGAAGCUGAAAAUAAAUCAGGAAGCAAAGAAGCCCAGUUUGAAAUCCGCUGGUUCACCCAUGCGAACUGCUAUUGUAAUCCAGGAUGACUCUCUGCCUGCAGCACCACCCCCCCAAAUUCGGAUUUUAAAGCGUCCCUCCAAUAACGGUACUGCAGGGAACGCUGCCUCCUCGUCUCGCCCCUCUCAGCAGAUGAAGUCUUUGGCCCAACGUGAGGCAGAGUACGCAGAAGCUCGAAGAAGGAUUUUGGGUAGUGCUUCUUCAGAAGAAACCCCUCAGGACAAUCCAUGUCAGGAUAGGCCCUCUCGUGUGAGUGCACAGCAACCAUUGGAACCGGUUCGUCCAAACAAUCACGUGAUCCGCCAGCCCACUGGCCCAGAUGGAACCUCAGGCUUCAGACUCUGUAGAUAAACAUUAGCUGCCUGCUGAAAGGAAACACCUGCUUCCUUGAGAGGGCAUGAAGGGUGGCAGUUAAAGGGGUUGAUUGUAGCAUGAAGAGCAGAGUGGUGGGGUAAGAUACAGUUUGACUGACAUUAGAAAUAAGAGGAUAUAGCAUGGAUUUAGAUGAACUUCUCCACCCUCUCUCUACACUGCUUACUGGUAUGGUCUUUGCCUCUUGCUUUGUCUUUCCCCACUGUGGAACAUUGCAAGGGGCUGGCAGAGAUCUGCCGAAGAUCUAAACCCCGUCUUUUCCACACCGUGAACAGGCUUUUGCCUCACAUCCAUACACACUGUGAUUCUUUGACGUACCAUGAGGUGCCCUUUGAUUUUUAAGUCAGAUUGGCCGGCCAAGUGCCAGGGCAUCAGGUGUCUGUCUCUUCAGGGAGAAUCAGGAGAGCUUGUGCACCCCAGAGACGUGCAAGCAAACAAGCUGGCCUUUCCACUGAUGAGGCGUGGAUCGUGGCUGGGUGUCCACCGGGAGACUGGCCUCAGCUUGUCGGUUCAGUGGAAGCUUCACUGCGCCCAGAGUUUCCUGUGUGUUCAGCAACUUGAGUGCAAGGCGAUAGGAAAUUGUGCUGAUUGGACCUUACGAGUAAAAGUGCAGAGUGCCUAAUAACAUUGACAGCAGUGGCCUGAACCAGAACCUUCCACAGGACACAGGCCUCCUCCGUUUGUUUUUAAAGGAACACCCGGUGGGCACGCAGCCAUUGGCCAAAGGUUAUAGAUCCGAGGGACAGCGUCACUAAAUCUAAGCUUAUUCAAGCAAUAAUAAUGAAAUGACUCCCUGGAUUUUUUUAUUUACUUAUUGCCUAUUUGCCUGUGCUGUAUUUAGUUUGUUUUAAACUCUUAGCUUUGUUAGUUAAUGUAUUUUAGUUUCUGAGACAUGGUAUGUUUAAGUCAGGAGGUCAGUGGUGUGUGAGAGUCGAGAUGUAGCCUGCAGAGGAAAUUUCAUUUGUAGUGUCACACCGAGUUUGAUCAAACUGGCAAGUCAUGAAGUGAAAGUAUAAUGUCCCUCUGUGUGUCGCCUUGCUGUUUCUAAUCAGAACACUGAAUUGGAACUUCUCUUAAAGCCAGCUGCACUUCGUCGUCUAUUUUUGCACAAGCUGCAGUCUAUUGAUUGGUUGGGUGGUAUUAAAAAGAUGACUUAUAAAUUAUUCAGUAAAUAACUAUUUCAUGCACAUUGUAAAGGAGGAUAAAAUCUAAUGCUUCAUGUAAUAUUCUGCCACCGUCAGAGAAACCUGGCUAGAAAACUAUAGGAACAGUAUGAAAAAUAUUAGACAACUCUACUUUUAAUCAGUGUCCUUUUAGAACAAAAUCAAAUUUCACUGCCUAAUUUGGACGACUGUCUUCUUGUGGUGGUUUUCAUCGAGCAGAAUUUUACAAUAUUGUUGACAGCUUGCCACCAAUUAAAAAAAAAAAAAAAGUUUUUAUACCUUAAAAUCAAAAUAUUGACGAUUCACCAUUAUUGAUACUGUAGUUGGUAUAACAAUAAAUGAACCUCCAGCAGGUUUUAUGCCUUAAUGGUCCCUGGUUACCAACAUCCACUUUGUACUUGGUAGUGCUGGCUAAAUGUCAGUUCUUUGUCUUUGCUUACAAUUAGUUAGUUAAUCAUUUGUUCAGUCACAGUUUAUAUGUGUGCUCUGCAAAAGGUAAAUAGAAAGCAGCACCUUGUUAGGGUAUCUUAUGCUUUCUCAUUGAGGUGUUCCAUCCAUGACUGCACUUUACUAUAAAUAUAUUUCAAUUUCAGGCAUCAGAAAACCCACUGAUUAGAAAUACUGACAAGGAGAGAAAUAAACAAAAACCGCCAUUAACAGUAAAUUACAGUAAUCUUGCUCCUGCACUGCAGUAAACCUAUAAAUAUAUAAAUAUGGCUAAAAGUGCUGCAUUUACAUUGUGUAUGUAUUUCAACCUCGGUAGCUGCUCAAGAAAUUGAACUUUAAGGCCGUCUCAGUAUUUCUGUUUCAUGACUCUACACUGCUAGGGACAUGAAAAGUUGUCUGCUGGUUUUGGGCCUACACCAUCAAGAAUACAUCCCCCUUAAACACUGUUCUCAUGGACCUGGUACAGUCAUUGAAGCAAAAGGUAUUUGUAAUCAGCUUAAAUUUAUAUUUGACCAGGAAGAUCUUGUACCUGUGUCAUCUGUUCAUGAUGCUUUGUUGCUGUCGCCCACAGUCACCUGUCUACUUUGAGGCUCAUGUGAUGUCAUUGUUGUUUUGAAACUUGAAAAACACAAAUGAAAUUUGUAUACCCUUUAAUAAACACACUCAAAGACAAUACAA